GUUUUGCGGCAGCGGCGCGCUCGGCGGCACGGAGCGGCGGCGGCAUAGGCACAAACGGCAGCGGCAGCGGUGGCGGGGCGGGCGGCAGAGGACGAGCGUGGCCGCGGCUGCCGAAGGCGGAGCGGAGCUGGCUGGUUUUGCCUGUACUAACACCAUUGCUGGUUUGCUACUCUUAGAGUGUUACCUUCUCCCAGUAUCUGUACUUGACCAUCAGACACUAUGAGGAGACUGGCAUUUCGAGGUGCUGGUUGUACUCUGAAGAAGUUGGAUUCCAUGGGUUCCAAGAGGCGAAGAGCUACCUCACCUUCCAGCAGCGUCAGUGGAGGAGACUUUGACGACAGCCACCACUCCACAAAUAUACCAGGCCCAAGCAGAAAGAGGAGGAGACUUUCCAAUCUCCCAACUGUAGAUCCUAUUGCUGUAUGCCAUGAACUUUACAACACUAUCAGAGAUUACAAAGAUGAACAGGGCAGGCUCCUUUGUGAGCUUUUCAUUAGGGCACCGAAAAGAAGAAACCAGCCAGAUUAUUAUGAAGUGGUUUCUCAGCCAAUUGAUUUGAUGAAAAUCCAACAAAAGCUAAAGAUGGAGGAAUACGAUGAUGUGAACGUGCUGACUGCUGAUUUUCAACUUCUCUUUAACAAUGCGAAGGCUUACUAUAAGCCUGAUUCUCCAGAGUAUAAAGCUGCCUGCAAAUUAUGGGAGUUGUAUUUGCGCACAAAGAAUGAAUUUGUUCAAAAAGGUGAUGCUGAGGAGGAAGAUGAGGAUGAGGAAGGACAUGACAAUCAAGGCACAAAUUCUGAAUUAUCAUCUCCAGGUUACCUGAAGGAAAUUCUUGAACAGCUUCUUGAAGCUGUAGCUGUUGCCACAAACCCAUCAGGACGCCUCAUAAGUGAAUUGUUUCAGAAGCUUCCCUCUAAAGUGCAAUAUCCAGAUUAUUAUGCAAUAAUAAAAGAGCCUAUAGAUCUUAAAACUAUUGCCCAAAGGAUACAGAAUGGAACUUAUAAAAGCAUUCAUGCAAUGGCCAAGGAUAUUGAUCUUCUGGCAAAGAAUGCCAAAACCUACAAUGAGCCUGGAUCACAAGUAUUCAAGGAUGCAAAUGCAAUUAAAAAGAUAUUUAAUAUGAAAAAGGCUGAAAUUGAACACAGUGAGUUAGCCAAGUCAAGCCUCCGAAUCAGGACUCCAUCAAAUUUGACUGCUUCCAAGCUGACAGGUCCCUCCUCACAGGGUAAAGGCAGUGUUGGUGAUGAGAGAAAUUCUUCUAACAAAUAUUACCGUAACAAAAGAUCAGCCCAAGGGGAUCGUUUAUCAGCAAUAACCAUGGCAUUGCAAUAUGGAUCAGAAAGUGAUGAGGAUGCAGCUUUGGCUGCUGCUGCUCGUUAUGAAGAGGGAGAAUCUGAAGCUGAGAGCAUUACUUCCUUUAUGGACACUUCUAAUCCUCUUUAUCAGCUUUAUGACACAGUUAGAAGUUGCCGAAAUAAUCAGGGCCAGCUCAUAUCUGAACCGUUUUUCCACUUACCCUCUAAGAAAAAGUAUCCUGAUUACUAUCAGCAGAUUAAAGCACCUAUUUCAUUGCAGCAGAUCAGAACCAAACUGAAGAACCAUGAAUAUGAAACCUUAGAUCAGUUGGAGGCUGAUCUGAACUUGAUGUUUGAAAAUGCCAAGCGCUACAAUGUUCCCAAUUCUGCCAUCUAUAAAAGAGUACUGAAAAUGCAGCAGGUUAUGCAGGCAAAGAAGAAGGAGCUUGCUCGGAGAGAUGAUAUCGAGGAUGGGGAUAGCAUGAUUUCUUCCGCUACAUCUGAUACUGGAAGCUCAAAAAGGAAAAGUAAAAAGAAUAUACGAAAGCAACGAAUGAAGAUCUUAUACAAUGCAGUUCUGGAAGCUCGAGAGCCAGGCACAGGCAGACGGCUCUGUGAUCUUUUUAUGGUUAAGCCAUCCAAAAAGGACUAUCCAGACUAUUAUAAAAUUAUCUUGGAGCCCAUGGACUUGAAAAUGAUAGAACACAACAUCCGCAAUGAUAAGUACGCAGCAGAGGAAGCCAUGAUUGAAGACAUGAAGCUCAUGUUCCGAAAUGCAAGGCAUUAUAAUGAGGAAGGCUCUCAGGUAUACAAUGAUGCCCAUAUGCUGGAAAAGAUCCUUAAAGAAAAAAGGAAAGAACUGGGACCCUUAGCUGAAGAUGAUGAUGUUGCAUCCCCUAAACUAAAGCUAAGUAGAAAAAGUGGUAUCUCUCCUAAGAAAUCGAAAUACAUGACACCAAUGCAGCAGAAGCUGAAUGAAGUGUAUGAAGCAGUUAAAAAUUACACAGAUAAGCGAGGCAGGAGGCUGAGUGCCAUCUUCCUGAGGCUGCCCUCUCGGUCUGAACUUCCCGACUAUUAUGUAACCAUAAAAAAGCCCGUUGACAUGGAAAAGAUCAGAAGCCAUAUGAUGGCAAAUAAAUACCAGGACAUUGAUUCCAUGGUAGAGGACUUUGUAAUGAUGUUCAAUAAUGCUUGCACAUAUAAUGAGCCGGAAUCUUUGAUUUAUAAAGAUGCUCUGGUCCUGCAUAAAGUUUUGCUUGAAACUCGGAGAGAAAUAGAAGGAGAUGAGGAUUCUCAUGUGCCCAAUGUCACUUUGCUAAUACAGGAACUUAUCCAUAACCUUUUUGUAUCUGUUAUGAGCCACCAGGACGAUGAGGGCAGGUGCUACAGCGACUCCUUAGCUGAGAUUCCUGCUAUUGAUCCUAGCUUCCCAAGUAAACCUCCUUUGACUUUUGAUAUUAUUCGAAAAAAUGUUGAAAAUAAUCGCUAUAGGAGAUUGGACUUGUUCCAGGAGAAUAUGUUUGAGGUCUUGGAGAGGGCAAGGAGAAUGAACAGGACUGAUUCAGAGAUUUAUGAGGAUGCAGUUGAACUUCAGCAGUUCUUCAUUAAAAUUCGAGAUGAACUUUGUAAGAAUGGAGAGAUUCUCCUUUCACCUGCCCUCAGCUAUACCACCAAGCAUCUUCACAAUGAUGUAGAAAAGGAAAAGAAGGAAAAACUGCCCAAAGAAAUAGAGGAGGAUAAGCUCAAAAGAGAAGAAGAGAAGAGAGAAGCUGAAAAGAGUGAAGAUUCUUCUGGAUCUGCUGGGCUGUCAAGCUUGCACCGAACCUACAGCCAGGACUGCAGCUUCAGGAACAGCAUGUACCAUGUAGGAGAUUAUGUAUAUGUGGAGCCUGCUGAAGCCAAUUUACAGCCUCACAUAGUCUGUAUUGAGAGGCUGUGGGAAGAUUCAGCUGGAGAGAAAUGGCUCUAUGGCUGUUGGUUUUAUCGACCUAAUGAAACAUUUCAUCUUGCAACACGAAAAUUCUUGGAGAAAGAGGUUUUUAAAAGUGACUACUACAAUAAAGUUCCUGUUAACAAAAUUUUAGGCAAAUGUGUGGUCAUGUUUGUUAAGGAAUAUUUUAAAUUGUGUCCUGAAAACUUCAGAGAUGAGGAUGUCUAUGUCUGUGAGUCACGUUAUUCUGCCAAGACAAAGUCUUUUAAAAAGAUUAAACUGUGGACUAUGCCUGUGAGCUCUGUGAGAUUUGUACCACGAGACGUGCCCCUGCCUGUGGUCCGUGUUGCUUCUGUGUUUGCUAAUACAGACAAAAUAGAGGAGGAGAAACACGCUGAAACAUUGGAGGAUAGUAAGGUGGGGGAAAGCAUCCUUCAUCUUGAAAAGGAGAAAGAAGAUGUCCCAGUAGAAAUGUCCAAUGGAGAGCCUGGUUGCCAUUACUUUGAACAGCUCUGCUACAAUGAUAUGUGGCUUAAGGUUGGGGAUUGUGUCUUCAUAAAGUCACAUGGGUUAGUGCGACCUCGAGUAGGAAGGAUUGAGAAGAUGUGGGUACGAGAUGGAGCUGCGUAUUUCUUUGGUCCAAUCUUUAUACAUCCUGAAGAAACUGAGCAUGAACCGACAAAAAUGUUCUACAAGAAGGAAGUGUUUUUGAGUAACUUGGAGGAGACCUGCCCAAUGACUUGCAUUUUGGGGAAGUGUGUGGUUCUGUCCUUCAAAGACUUCCUCUCCUGCAGACCAACAGAAAUCUCUGAAAAUGAUGUUUUCCUUUGUGAGAGCCGCUACAAUGAAAGUGACAAACAAAUGAAGAAGUUUAAAGGGCUGAAGAGGUUUUCACUCUCUGCAAAAGUUGUAGAUGACGAAAUAUACUAUUUUAGAAAACCCAUAGUUCCUCAGAAGGAACCAUCUCCACUACUGGAAAAGAAGAUUCAGCAGCUUGAAGCAAAAUUUGCUGAGUUGGAAGGAGGUGAUGAGGACAUGGAAGAGAUGGGAGAAGAGGAAGGUGAUAUGACAGAAACACCUUCUCUGCCUCAGCUUCAGACCCCGUUAGCUAGUGAUUUGGAUAUAAUGCCUUACACUCCACCACAGUCCGCUCCCAAGUCUGUUAAGGGCAGCACCAAGAAAGAGGGAUCAAAGAGGAAGAUCAACAUGAGUGGGUACAUCUUAUUUAGCAGCGAGAUGAGGGCUGUGAUUAAAGCUCAGCACCCAGACUACUCCUUUGGAGAGCUCAGCAGGCUUGUAGGAACUGAAUGGAGAAACUUGGAAGCAACAAAGAAAGCAGAAUAUGAAGAGCGGGCAGCUAAAGUUGCUGAGCAGCAGGAGAGAGAGCGAGCAGCACAGCAGCAGAAUUCCUCCCCCCGGGCAGGCACUCCUGUCGGGGCUCUUGUGGGGGUGGUGCCGCCACCAACACCAAUGGGAAUGCUCAAUCAGCAGUUGACACCUGUUGCAGGCAUGAUAAGUGGCUAUCCACCGGUGCUGCCACCUUUGCAGGGCCCAGUUGAUGGCAUUGUUAGCAUGGGCAGCAUGCAGCCACUUCACCCAGGGGUGCCCCCACCCCACCAACUUCCGCCAGGUAUGCCAGGCAUCCCAGGCAUCCCACCACCCGGUGUUAUAGGACAAAAUGUGGCCCCCAUGGUAGGCACUCCAGCACCCGGAGCAAGUCCUUUUGGACAACAGAUAGGAAUCCUUGGCCCACCGGGACAGCAGGCACCUCCUCCGUAUCCUGGCCAGAGCCCAGCAAGUCAGCCAGUUAUGCAGCAGCCCACAACUCCCAUGUUUGUCUCCCCUCCACCAAAGACACAGAGGCUUCUUCAUUCUGAAGCCUAUCUGAAAUACAUUGAGGGGCUUAGUGCUGAAUCAAAUAGUAUUAGCAAGUGGGACCAGACUCUAGCAGCACGAAGGCGAGAUGUCCACUUAUCAAAAGAGCAAGAGAGCCGACUGCCUUCCCACUGGCUGAAAAGCAAAGGGGCUCACACCACGAUGGCCGACGCGCUGUGGCGCCUGCGAGACUUGAUGCUGCGCGACACCCUCAACAUCCGCCAGGCCUACAACAUCGAGCACGUUUAGCCGCCUCACCGCCGCUCCCCUGGGCGCCACCGCUCUGUGGAACGGGAGCUGUUUCAGCCACCGGGUGGGAAGAGAGAACCGACAAAUAAUUUGUAUUGCGUUUUACUGUACAUUGCAGGAGCAUUUUUAUAUAAGGACACUUUUAAUAAGCAUCUUUCACUUUUUGUUAUAUUGAGUUGACUUUCUCAAAUACACAGAUUUUUGCAUAUGUUUUCUUUGUUUGAAAGGCGAUUUCAUAAUGGGUUUGAGUGUAGUCAAGGGUUCAUCUUUCUUAUACUUUAUUGCUGAGAAUCUGAUGCCAUUGUUUUUAUAUAAAAGAAGAAAAAAAAACGAAAACAAAAGUAUUUACAGGUUGAUACAGUGGAAUGUGAACUUAGUCAUAGUUUACAUUGUAGAAGAAUGUGUGUACAUGUGCUUGUGUGCUGGGUGCUUCCGGCAGAAAUCUCUCUUGGGUGUGAACAGGGAGGAUCUCUCAAAAGAAGCUAAAGGUAAGCUGUGCGUUGACACUAGAGAAAAAUGAUAUUUCAGGUCAAUACUGAGGCAGCUGAGCAGGCCACAGCAGUCAUGGAAGUGCUCGUGUGGAUGGGACAAGGGUGUCUUGGCUGCUAACGUUGUCCAGUCCUGUCCAGUUACUGAAUUGUGUAACCGAGGCCAUCGUGAUCCUGUGUCACUAACAGAAUACAUGUGCUAGCGUGCCCUUGAAAGGUGAAGUGUUCCAUCUACCAUGACCUGCUUUGAGGGUUCUGUGAUGUCCUUAACACUGAGCAGUGGGAAGGGAAAGCUUCCUCCCUGAGCAAUCUGUCUGCAUGUGGGGCAGGCAUGCAGAGCUUCAGACCAAUUAAGGUGUGGGAAGGCAAGUCAGAGGAGAAGGAAAGUUGAGCUGGUACGUUAGUGAAGUAAGGUGACGUUUUUAAAUUGACAUAUAUUCUGUUAAUGAUUGGGCAUUGGAAGACGGUUUUGGUAUACUUUCUUUAUUAAUUCACCUUCAUGAAAGUUUUGCAAUGUGAAAUUUGCCACCUAGAUGAACUUUAGAGUCAAAUACUACUGUAUGGUAUGUGUAAGGUGAACAUACCUGGUACAUUGGAGAAACAGUACUUUCAGUGCAGCCUUCAAGGGCUUGGGCUUGUUUUUCUCUCUUUUUAGCAAAAUAAGGUAGGUAGACUCUUGCCAAAUUUCAAGGUUGUGACUGCCUUCUGUCGAAGAUUUACCCUAACUAACCUGUAAAGUUAUUCCUUUGAAGCUAAAUCCUUUUAUAAAUUUAAUUUCAGAAGAGGGAUUAAUACUUUGGAUUGCAUUAAGUAACGGGGAAAGCUAUAUCACUUUGAACAAUUUGUUGACAGGGACAUAGUCACUGCAACUCAGUCUGAAAGAAGUGGUUUACUGAUACGCUUCAUGUUACUGCUAGAGAUGUUCCUCAUGUGGAAAUGUUUUUAAACUCUUAAUAGGACAGAGCAUUUUCAUUUGAGUACAUUUGGGAGAAGGUUAAAUAUUUUUCUUCAAAUAGUGGAUAUCUUGGGUUCUGUUUUGCUCUUGAAAUCAUUACCAAUGAAGGAAGUGACAUGUGCAAGUAUGAACUGUUACUUACAUUUACUGGCUAAUUUCUGUCUCUCUCCUAUUGCGAUCCUCCAGUCAUUGCACAGGAAAAAUGUGUAAUUACAAAUAGGCACUUAAAGGCAGUUUAGGUCAGAUGUGCAAUGGAUGUGAAGGAAAUGAAGCAAAGCAACGUACAGGAACUCUGUAAGUAGUCCACCUGUGGUACAGAAAUUCUUUACUGGCCUUUGUAAAUGACCAAUUUUAUUUACUAAAGUAGAAACUGAAUAGUCUUAGACCACCCCCAUAUAUAUACAGCAGUAUCUGCCAAUGGGUUUCAGUUACCACAGGCUUUGCAACUUCUAGCCACAAAGAUGGGGCGGUAAAGUGAAUCAGGCAGCAAAUCCUAGUUUUUGAGUAUUUGGAACUGUCAUGGAUUGUACUAAUACACCACCAGAUUCUCCUGCUUCUCAGCAUUAACAAAAAUCACACCAAAGAACCUGGGAUGGAUUUUAGUUAAGUUAUUGUUUUAUUUAUUUUCUUUUGAGGACUGGAUGAAACUCCCUUUGGAGCCUGUGUAACUCAGAUGUUUAAUUUAUCUGAAGGUCAGUGAUGAGCAGACUUGCAGCACUGGCUCUCUCCUGCCUGAGCAGCUGAAGCCCCACUUUUCACUGCUCUUUCUGGCCCAGGAGCAAGAGAUUGGAAGUGCAUAUGAAACCUGGGUCCUCCUGCAAGGCAGUGCAGAGCACUACCACUAAGCCACUGGGCUGGCCCUAAUCAAUUAUUUUAAGUUUUGUUUAUUUAUUUCAAAAUAAUGUCUCUGUAUAUUGGAGACAUUUCAGUUGAUUGCAGUAAAAUAUAGGCUAUAAUGGUUACAGUCUAGAAUUCAAAACCAGCAAAAGAAACUCUUUUCUGACUCUGGUUUAAAAAGGAAGAAAAAAAAAUCUGUCUGUCUUUCUCUCUCUCUUUGUGGAUGUUUGAACCCUCAUUUGUUUUCCACUGCCAUUCGUUGUACUGGCAUAAACAAACCUUUCAUAUUAAAAUAAAAGUAUGUAUGGGACAUGGGUGGCUUCUGUGAGAGUGGAAAAUAGAUAAAUUUAGGGCCGGUAUUUUCAUAAACCAGUUGGAGACAACUAGUAAUUAUUUGUUCUCUUCCUCGGUCCUUCCCUUCCUGGGAAAGUUUUCUCUUCCCUGAGAAUUUAUUGUUUGUGUAAAAAUUCAAAAUGUUGAUGUUGGUGACUUUUUUUUCCCCCCCAGCUUAUGUUUCUGGACCUGGUUAAUCCAUGCUUGGCUUUUCAUUAGCUCUUGUACUCCUGAAGGUUAAGCUACUAACCAGGUUUAUAACAUGUAUGUACCAUCACUUUGUUUACCUGAGUCUUUUUAAUUUGAAUAAAAAUAGUUUGCAAAGUGUUUUGGAUUAACCAGGUUUUAGUGUCCCAUCAAGAUUUUUGUUUGGAUCUUAUUUCAAAUAAUUAUGGCUGUUGCUGAUAUACAUUUUAUCCAGCCCUUGGACCAUGUGUGCUUGUGUGUGGCUAAGGAAUCAUUUUCUAUAUUGUCCUGUGUAUUGCAAGACGUGCCUGGUGGGUGCUGAGAACAGUGAUGCUGGAAAAUGUGGUAGAAAAUUGAGCCAUAAGGAGCAUGGAAGUAAACCUUGAAAAUUUGGUGACUCAUUGGGAACCAUCUGAGUGGAGAUGAUAAGAUUGAGUCAAUCCCAGUUGCCCCUGCAUCAGUUGCUUUUGAAAAUAAACAGCAAGCCUUAAUUCCAUACUGGAAGCUACCCUGGUUCAGGACUCUCUUUUAUGUAGCUGUGUAAUAAAGGAAAUUAGAACAGUAAUAUGGAGAAAAGCAUCUUUUACACAAUAAAAUUGGAACCCAGAAAUUAAUGCCACAAACGGCAAGAAAUACUAAGUGGUAUCAACAUCUUGAGUCUCAAGGUGCCUCUGACAUAAAAUGUACAAAGCGCUGUUUUAAAGAACCCUGUAGUUAGGUUUAAUGAACUUGCACUCAUGUCUUGGACCCAGGGUUGCCUGCUGUGCAUUCUGCCAGCUUUACACCUUUCUGAGAUUUGAUGGUGGAUGGUGCAGUUGUGCAGAAGAGACCAAAUCAUCCUCCACGUCUGGUUUGCUCAGUCUAAGAUACUGAAGAACAUCUGUACGUAGAACCCUCUUGACUGCAGAUACACUAAAUGGGAGCAGCAUUUCAGAACGGCAGCAGGGUGCUUUGGACAUCAAGUAAGAAAUGGGAUCAGAUUCAUUAUGUGUGUAAAAAAUUGCUGAUUAAUAAAAUAAACCUCAUAGUCCUUUUUGUUUACUGCA